ACAUAAAAUCUCAACCCAGGAGGGUGCAUUCAACUUAACAGACUGCAGUGAACGCCACAUUGCUGCUGGGCUCAACUUUCAGGGUGUGGACCCAUCUCUUCACAUCAUACUGUGCUGACGGGUGGGCAUAGAGAGGACAAAUAAAAAUAAAGAACAAGACAUGGCAAGGAUAGAAUGUGUAUUAGUCGUUCUGCUAUUUGCAGGACUAGUGGGAACAGCAUCAGCAGAAAACGGAAAUAAGACGGAAACACCUGCCAAUGAGACCACGGCGGCCAAUGAGACCACGGCGGCCAAUGAGACCACGACGGCCAAUGAGACCACGACGGCCAAUGAGACCACAGUGGCCAAUGAGACCACGGCGGCCAAUGAGACCACGACGGCCAAUGAGACCACGACGGCCAAUGAGACCACAGCGGCCAAUGAGACCACGGCAACCAAUUUGACCACAGCGGCCAAUGAGACCACGGCGGCCAAUGAGACCACGACGGGCAAUGAGACCACGGCGGGCAAUGAGACCACGGCGGCCAAUGAGACCACGACGGGCAAUGAGACCACGGCGGGCAAUGAGACCACGGCGGGCAAUGAGACCACGACGGCCAAUGAGACCACGGCGGCCAAUGAGACCACGACGGCCAAUGAGACCACGACGGCCAAUGAGACCACAGCGGCCAAUGAGACCACGGCGGCCAAUGAGACCACGACGGCCAAUGAGACCACGACGGCCAAUGAGACCACCGCGGCCGAUGAGACCACGGAAACCAAUUUGACCACAGCGGCCAAUGAGACCACGGCAGCCAAUGAGACCACGGCGGGCAAUGACACCACGGCGGGCAAUGAGACCACGACGGCCAAUGAGACCACAGCGGCCAAUGAGACCACGGCAACCAAUUUGACCACAGCGGCCAAUGAGACCACAGCGGCCAAUGAGACCACGACGGCCAAUGAGACCACGACGGCCAAUGAGACCACAGCGGCCAAUGAGACCACGGCGGCCAAUGAGACCACGACGGCCAAUGAGACCACGACGGCCAAUGAGACCACAGCGGCCGAUGAGACCACGGAAACCAAUUUGACCACAGCGGCCAAUGAGACCACGGCGGCCAAUGAGACCACGGCGGGCAAUGACACCACGGCGGGCAAUGAGACCACGACGGCCAAUGAGACCACAGCGGCCAAUGAGACCACGGCAACCAAUUUGACCACAGCGGCCAAUGAGACCACGGCGGGCAAUGAGACCACGAUGGCCAAUGAGACCACAGCGGGCAAUGAGACCACGGCGGCCAAUGAGACCACGGCGGGCAAUGAGACCACGGCGGGCAAUGAGACCACGGCGGGCAAUGACACCACGGCGGCCAAUGAGACCACGACGGGCAAUGAGACCACGGCGGCCAAUGACACCACGGCGGCCAAUGAGACCACGACGGGCAAUGAGACCACGGCGGGCAAUGAGACCACGGCGGCCAAUGAGACCACGGCGGCCAAUGAGACCACGGCGGCCAAUGAGACCACGGCGGCCAAUGAGACCACGGCGGGCAAUGAGACCACGGCGGCCAAUGACACCACGGCGGCCAAUGAGACCACGGCGGGCAAUGACACCACGGCGGGCAAUGACACCACGGCGGCCAACGAGACCACGGCGGCCAACGAGACCACGGCGGGCAAUGUGACCACGGCGGGCAAUGAGACCACGACGGCCAAUGAGACCACGGCGGGUAAUGAGACCACGGCGGGCAAUGAGACCACGGCGGGCAAUGAGACCACGGCGGGCAAUGAGACCACGGCGGGCAAUGAGACCACGGCGGCCAAUGAGACCACGGCGGGCAAUGAGACCACGGCGGGCAAUGACACCACGGCGGCCAAUGAGACCACGACGGGCAAUGAGACCACGGCGGCCAAUGACACCACGGCGGCCAAUGAGACCACGACGGGCAAUGAGACCACGGCGGGCAAUGAGACCACGGCGGCCAAUGAGACCACGGCGGCCAAUGAGACCACGGCGGGCAAUGAGACCACGGCGGGCAAUGAGACCACGGCGGCCAAUGACACCACGGCGGCCAAUGAGACCACGGCGGGCAAUGACACCACGGCGGCUAAUGAGACCACGACGGGCAAUGAGACCACGGCGGCCAAUGACACCACGGCGGCCAAUGAGACCACGACGGGCAAUGAGACCACGGCGGGCAAUGAGACCACGGCGGCCAAUGAGACCACGACGGCCAAUGAGACCACGGCGGGUAAUGAGACCACGGCGGGCAAUGAGACCACGGCGGCCAAUGAGACCACGGCGGGCAAUGAGACCACGGCGGGCAAUGAGACCACGGCGGGCAAUGACACCACGGGGGCCAAUGAGACCACGGCGGGCAAUGAGACCACGGCGGGCAAUGACACCACGGCGGCCAAUGAGACCACGACGGGCAAUGAGACCACGGCGGCCAAUGACACCACGGCGGCCAAUGAGACCACGACGGGCAAUGAGACCACGGCGGGCAAUGAGACCACGGCGGCCAAUGAGACCACGGCGGGCAAUGAGACCACGGCGGGCAAUGACACCACGGCGGGCAAUGAGACCACGGCGGGCAAUGACACCACGGCGGGCAAUGAGACCACGGCGGCCAACGAGACCACGGCGGCCAACGAGACCACGGCGGGCAAUGUGACCACGGCGGGCAAUGAGACCACGACGGCCAAUGAGACCACGGCGGGCAAUGAGACCACGGCGGGCAAUGAGACCACAACAGCCAAUGAGACCACGGUGGCCAAUGCAACAGAAACACCAGAAAAUAUGACCACACUUGUCAAUGCGACGGAAACACCAGCCAAUGAGACCACGCCAGACAAUUCAACUGAAACGCCGAUGAAUAUGACCACUCCUCCAGCUAAUAUGACCACUCCUCCGGCUAAUAUGAGUACUCCUCCACCAGGAAAUGCGACAACCCCACCGGUAAAUGCAACACCAGCUCCUCCGGCUACAAUGCCUGCACCAGCAGAAUCACAAGUCGGAGUGCGAUUUAGUUUGCAGCAGACGUUCACGCCACAACUUGAAAAUUCAUCUUCUCCCGAGUUUCAAAGUUUGGCCACUGAAAUCCAAAAUGAGCUUGAUGCCAUAUAUUCUGCAGCCUUUAGGAACUUUAUUCGGUCUGUGGUUACUUUUUUCAGUCCAGGGUCAGUUGUGGUUGAUUCCCAACUGAUAUUCAACAGUUCCGACACAGUCCCAGAGCCUAGAUCUGUGUCAAACACCUUGGUUGUGGCAGCAAAUGGGAGCUCCAGCAACUUUUCCCAGUCUUUGAACACGUCGAGCAUUGUCGUUACGCCGGCCAAUGAGACCACGGCGAACAAUGAGACCACGACGGGCAAUGAGACCACGGCGGGCAAUGGGACCACGACGGGCAAUGAGACCACGGCGGGCAAUGAGACCACGACGGGCAAUGAUACCACGACGGGCAAUGAGACCACGGCGGGCAAUGAGACCACGGCAGGCAAUGAGACCACGACGGGCAAUGAGACCACGGCGGGCAAUGAGACCACGGCGGGCAAUGAGACCACGACGGGCAAUGAGACCACGACCGGCAAUGAGACCACGACGGGCAAUGAGACCACGGUGGGCAAUGAGACCACGACGGGCAAUGAGACCACGGCGGGCAAUGAGACCACGGCGGGCAAUGAGACCACGACGGGCAAUGAGACCACGACGGGCAAUGAGACCACGGCGGGCAAUGAGACCACGGCGGGCAAUGAGACCACGACCGCCAAUGAGACCACGACGGGCAAUGAGACCACGGCGGGCAAUGAGACCACGGCGGGCAAUGAGACCACGACUGCCAAUGAGACCACGACGGGCAAUGAGACCACGGCGGGCAAUGAGACCACGGCGGCCAAUCAGACCACGGCGGCCAAUGAGACCACGACCGCCAAUGAGACCACGGCGGCCAAUGAGACCACGACGGGCAAUGAGACCAUUGCUCCCAAUGCUACUAUGGCAUCCAACACAACUGCUGUCCCCAGUGCCACCACAGCCUCUGCAACUACUACAACUGCCUCUACAACAGCUACCACAACUGCAUCGACAAACCCUCCUUCAUCCACUGAGGGAACCCUUGGUCUUCAGUUCAGUCUUGACCAGACAUUUACAUCAGAUCUUGCCAAUACAGCUUCACCAGGAUUUCAAAGUUUAGCUACAACAGUAGUUACAGAGGUGAACACAGCCUGCAACAACCUCUUCGGACCAGCUUUCAGUCGCUCUCUUGUUAACUCGUUCAUGAACGGAUCAAUUGUCACCAACAUGACUCUCGUGUUCCAAAAUCAAUCAGUGGUUCCCUCAGCUGGCAGUGCAACUUCUGGACUCAUAAGUGAACUUUCUAACUCCAACCUGAAUAUUGUACCAGGGAGUCUUACUGCAGAUGCUUCUCGGCCUGCAGUGGUUACGUUGGCAGUCAUGUCCCUGACAUUGGUGGCAUUGGCACAGAUGCUAAGAGACUUUUAGCUGGUGCCCAAGAGAGACACUGAUUUCACCAAUUCUAUUUAACAUACAGUAUAUUACACUGCAUUGAAAGUUCAUGAUGAAAUGUACCAUUUGAACGUCACAUGGUAAUGAUGUGUACUUCUGAUUUGACAGAAACUAAUUUAAAGGUUUUUUACGUCUCAGAGGCCCCAGAAUAGUGUUUUGGCGUGUUUUGGUGUGUGUUGGCCAAAAUCUAGCCUUGAUGCUGGAAUUUAGACAGUUUAAAAGUGCUCUUAGUAAACCCCACUAUGCUAAUGACCUGUAGGUUUUAUUUUAAGAUGUGUAGUGAAGCCUGCUUUACCCAUUCAUCAAUUUCCUAUGCCGCUUAUCCUUGCGGGUAUGCUGGAGCCUAUCCCAGCUGACUUCGGGCGAGAGGCGGGGUGCCUUGCUAUACUUUCUUUCUUUUUUUUUCUUUUUUUACAAAGCUGUCCUUCGUGAAUUGGUGGGAGCAUACACGCGGCAGGUUCAUCUAGCUAGGGGCGGGUCAUCAUUUAAAAAGUCAGUUUUGAAUAAUAUGGAACCUUUAAUGUCACAAUAAUUUUUCCUUAAACUCAACCUUUUUGUAAAUUCCUUAAUUUUAAAAUCAAGAACAUAAUUCAUUGUCUAUUUCUAUUGUAUGUGUUCAAUAGUAGUUGAUAUGCCUGUUUGUUUACAAACCAACAAGAAAGUAAUCAUGAUAUAUUUAUUUCCAUUCAAAGCCAUCGUAUGAUUGAAAGGGUCACAGUUUGAAUCACAUACAGUUUGCAGUGGCUUUGGUGUGUGUGUGUGUGUGUGUGUGUGUGUGUGUGAAUAUACAGUAAACGUAUUUGAAAAUAACAAUGAAAAUAAAAUUGUAAACAAUUAA